AUGUCAGUGGUGAAAACAAACCUGUCAGUGUUUAAGUAACGAGUAUAGCUUGCAGGACUCAAGAAUGGCAAGGCAAACUCCCAGGGCAUUUUUUUUCCUGCUUGUGAUUUCAUAUAGCAUUGUAAUCUUUGUUCUUUCAUUGGGACUAUCAAUCAACGGAUGGAACACUUUCUCAGGACAAACCAGUCAAGCCAAUGAGGAAAUGGUUGACUUCGGGGAUGUAAAAGGACACUUGACUGCGACACAUGAGCGUACCACCAAAUCAAACCCGGGGGCAACGCUAAAAAGUUAUCCAACAAGAUGCUCCACAUGUGGCGCUGAGACUCCCAUGCCAGUCCUCUACAUAAAAUCCUUCAAGAAGUAUCCUGAGUGGGAAUUUGAGGAUAUUUAUAACCAGGAUGCUCCACCCAGGCAGUCUACAUGUGCCCAAUCUCUGGGAAACUCGAUGGAGGACGAAGGCUUCAAGAAGGCUUUUCUCCCCAACAUUCGUUUGUUCAUGCACAAAAUCAACAUGAGCGAAUGGAACCGGCUUUCCCAUUUUAACAGUCCUUUUGGUUUCAUGCAGUUCAACUACGACGAUGUGAUGGCUGCAGUGCAGUUGAUCCCAAAGCCAAAAGAGCCACUACUCCUUCCAAAGACAGGCAGUGACAGGUGUUUGCGCUGUGCUGUGGUGGGCACUGGAGGGAUCCUGAAUGGCUCAAAAAUGGGGAAAGAAAUCGAUGCUCACGAUUACGUUUUUCGGAUGAACGGUGCGAUCAUCAAAGGUUAUGAGGAGGACGUGGGAAACAGGACAUCGGUGUACGUUCACACCUCUCAUUCUAUCACCACGUCGCUGUAUUUGCUACGGAAGUACGGCUACACAUCUGCCCCGAAUGAUGAGGGAAUAAAAUACGUAUUGAUUCCUGAGGGGAUGAGGGAUUUUAUUUGGCUGGAGGCUCUUUUCAAAAGAAAAAGGAUCACUUCCGGGCAACGUAAGAACACCAGGCCAGAGACAUACUAUGGCGGACAGUACAAUGAGACCCGCUUCUAUGUUCUGCACCAGGAUUUCCUGAGAUACGUUCGAAACAGGUUCUUAAAGUCUCCUCAUCUGAAUUCUUCAUACUGGAACAUUGUCAGACCAACCAAUGGGGCAUUCACUCUCUUCCUGGCUCUGCAAACCUGUGACACUGUGAGUGCAUAUGGAUUCAUGACUGAGGACUACAAGAAAUACUCUAACUACUACGUUGAGCAUGUAAAAACCAAAGUCAUUUUCUACGCCAACCACGACUAUGACCUGGAGAAGAACCUGUGGAAAAAACUACACGACAGCAAAAUACUUAAGUUGUAUCAAAGAACAGAAACAGGGACAGAAGCGCCAAGCAUGACACCGAUGCACUGAGAAUGCACCCGCUUAGAAGUUCAGAAUUUUACUUGAUGGCGUGGAAAGUGGAAAUUAAACUUAAUUAAACACCAAUUAUCUCUAUAGACGUUGGCUGCAAAAUGAAGGAAGAGGGAAAAGACAAUGAAUUACCCUGCGAUCACUUUUCCUAAUAAUAGUGUUUUUAUCUACAUUUUUAUAAUAAUGGGAAUUUACAGGUCAUAAAACGAAAGCAUAUAUUUAAUCUAUCUAAAACAUCAAAUAUGUAUAUUUUUCCUUUUCUUUUAAUGUUUGUUUUUUUUAAUAUGUAUUACUAUACUGCAGGCUUUGGCUCGGUUUUAUAGUGACGGAUCAAUGUGUUGACCUUCCUUCUCUCAAGGGUUAAUUAAUGUGCAUGUGUGAUGCCAUUAGAGCAGAUUGAAACUGAAUGUAAGGAUUUGAUCAGCAUUUGAUCUUUAACAA